AUGAGGGCCAUGACCCUGAUGCUGUUACUCACUGUUUUCUCACCAGCCCCAGUCCAUUGCUUGUUUUCGGUAACCAUGACACAAGGAAAUAGCUCUGAAGUGACUGAAUUCUUUCUUCUAGGACUCAGUGCCCAAUACAAGUUUCCAUACGCCCUCUUCGUUGUAUUUCUAGUCAUCUAUGUGACCUCUAUGGUGGGUAAUAUCGGGAUGAUUCUGCUCAUCAAGACAGAUUCCAGACUUCAAACAUCCAUGUACUUCUUCUUACAACACUUGGCUUUUGUUGAUAUCUGCUAUACCUCCUCUAUCACUCCCAAGAUGCUGCAAAACUUCAUAGUUGGAGACAGAUCGAUAUCCUUCAGGGGCUGUGUUAUGCAAUUAUUGGUUUAUGCGAUAUUUGCGACCAGUGACUGUUACCUCCUGGCUGCUAUGGCGGUGGACCGUUACGUGGCCAUCUGCAAACCACUUCACUAUUCCGUUGUCAUGUCCCAAAGAGUCUGCGUCCACUUGGUAGCUGGUUCAUACAUCAUGGGCUCCCUAAAUGCUUCUGUGCACACAGGUUUUACAUUUUCCCUGUCCUUCUGCAAAUCUAAUACCAUCAAUCACUUUUUCUGUGAUGUUCCACCAAUUCUCGCCCUUUCUUGCUCCAACACUGACAUCAAUGUUAUGCUACUUGCUGUCUUUGUGGGAUUUAACUUGAUGGCCACUGUGCUGGUCGUCAUCUUUUCCUACAUCUCGAUCGUGGUUGCCAUCCUGAAGAUGUCUUCAACCACGGGGAGGAAAAAAGCCUUCUCCACCUGUGCCUCCCACCUGACAAUAGUCACCAUUUUCUAUACAACCUUAUCGUACAUGUACCUACAGCCUCAUUCUAGCAAUUUCCAGGAGAAUAUGAAACUAGCUUCCAUAUGUUAUGGAAUCAUGAUCCCCAUGUUGAACCCCCUGAUCUACAGUUUCAGAAAUAAGGAAGUGAAGGAAGCUCUAAAAGUGGUAGGGGAAAGGUUCUUCUAG